AGGAAACUCAUUCAACAUUGUUUUUGAGUCAUCGAUUUAACGUGUUCUUGUUUGUAUAGUUAGAUAUUUUAUUCAACAAUGAUAUCAUAACUGAUAUUUUCUGUUACGUUUAUAUAUUAGUUGUAUUUAGCGUACAUUUUGGUGGUCCAAUUUGGUGCAGUCAAUCAAACUAAAACCCUGCUAGCCUUGCAUUUAGGCAGGUAAACUUUCUCAGUAGUUUAAAAAAAAUUUUAUACAAUCCUAACCCUUCACCCACCUCAUAUAGGUUUAGGUUUUUUUUCCUUAACUAUAUUCUGUAAGAUUUACAGACGUUGUGCGUGUCGUUUCGAUUGAAUCAUUGCAAUGAACACUCUCAAACGAACGAUUCGUUCGAAUCGCACAUCUUUAGUCCGCCCAGUAGUGCGAUAUGCGCGUUCCUCUCGGCUUCCUGAAAUGACUUUCUUGUUGGAGAGGGUCCUACAUCACUUUACCACCAGCUGUGAUGUUUUCCGAACUGUAUUGAAAUAAAGUGUAUUCCCGACCUCCGCACUGCUGCCAGAAUGUCCUCCAUAGAUCCCUAUCAGUACAUCAUAGUUGAGCAUCAGUAUUCUCAUAGAUUGAAAGUAAAUGUGGUGGGAGCUGAAAAUGUGACGAAAGGAGCAUUUGGGGAUUUAUUGGACACCCCAGACCCUUAUGUGGAACUGUCCAUACCAACCACACCAGAGUCGAGAAAACGAACACGCCACAUAAAUAACGACAUUAACCCAAAGUGGAAUGAAACAUUUGAAUUCAUACUGGAUCCCAAUCAACCCAAUGUUUUGGAGAUGACACUGAUGGACGCUAAUUAUGUCAUGGACGAAACUCUGGGCACAGCUAAAUAUUCCCUCUCAAAGCUUAAAGUGGGGCAGACAGAGCAUGUGACCCUAUCUAUUGGCAAGACGACAAAAGUGUUCCUCGACUUCUUCUUAGAAGUGUGUGCGUCCACAGAUCUGCGCUUCAGCAUGGCACUGUGUGAUCAGGAGAAACUCUUCAUGCAGAAGCGCAAGGAGAGAGUUAUGCUCAGCAUCAAGAAGCUUCUCAAAAUGGAAAACCCACGCUUCCUUCCAGCCUCUCCUAGAGAAGUUCCCACCAUCGCCAUUUUGGGUUCUGGAGGUGGUUUCCGUGCAAUGGUUGGCUUCUCUGGUGUGAUGAAGGCUUUGUAUGAAUCUGGGGUGCUUGACUGUGCAGCAUACGUGGCAGGACUUUCUGGAUCAACAUGGUAUAUGUCUAUGCUGUACUCGCACCCUGAGUUUCCCGCUAAAGGCCCAGGGGAUAUUAAUAUGGAGCUGAUGAACAGAGUCAGCAGUAACCCGCUCAAACUGCUGCUGCCCCAAAACAUCAACCGCUACGUUAAAGCGCUGUGGAAGAAGAAAUCGGCUGGACAGCCUGUCACCUUCACUGACAUCUUUGGGAUGUUGAUCGGAGAGACUCUUAUUCCAGGGAGAAUGGACACUAAACUGAGCUCCUUGCAGGCGAAAAUUAAUGAAGGUCAGAGCCCACUUCCUCUCUUCACCUGUCUGCACGUCAAACCUGAUGUCUCUGAACUCAUGUUCGCAGACUGGGUAGAGUUCAGCCCGCAUGAGAUUGGCAUGGCCAAAUACGGCACCUUCAUGUCUCCGGAGCUGUUUGGGAGCAAGUUCUUCAUGGGCAGCGUUGUGAAACAAUACGAGGAAAACCCCUUACAUUUCCUCAUGGGUGUAUGGGGCAGUGCUUUCUCCAUCCUCUUUAACCGGGUUCUGGGGGUGAAGGAGACAACCAGCAGUAGCACAAUGGAGGAGGAGCUGGAGCAAAUUAAACCCGAGCAUAUUGUGGGAGAUGAUUCAGCAGAUAAUGAGGAGGAAACUCAAAGGGGAGGCACAGAGAGCACAGAGGCAGAAGAUGAGCGGCAGCGUCAUGCCCAGGCUAGCUGGGUUCAGCGCAUGCUGACCUCAAUAAUGGGGGACACCACCCUGUUCACCACACGUGAGGGCCGUGCCGGCAAGGUGCACAAUUUCAUGCUGGGACUCAACCUAAACUCUUCCCUGCCCUUCUCUCCCUUCGGCUGCCUCAUGAACCAGACCUCAGUGGAUGAGGAGGUUGAUGCUGUUACAGAUCCCGACGAGUUUGAGCGAAUCUAUGAGCCCCUAGAUGUGAAGAGUAAGAAAAUCCACAUAGUGGACAGCGGUCUUACCUUUAACCUGCCCUUUCCUCUCAUUCUGCGGCCACAGAGAGGAGUUGACCUCAUCAUUUCAUUCGACUUCUCGGCCAGGCCCAGUGACUCCAGCCCGCCAUUCAAAGAGCUACUGUUGGCUGAAAAAUGGGCUCGUAUGAAUAAGCUGCCAUUCCCUAAGAUCGAUUCGAAAGUAUUUGACCGAGAGGGUCUGAAAGAGUGCUAUGUGUUCAAACCCAACAAGGGAGACAAGUGCUGCCCCACCGUCAUUCAUUUAGUCUUGGCCAACAUCGACUUUCGGAACUUUAAAGCCCCAGGAGUUCCCAGAAACACAGACAAGGAGAUAGAGUUUGGCGACUUCGACAUAUUUGAUGAUCCAGCCUCUCCCUUCUCUACUUUCAACUUCCAAUAUUCCAACCAGGCCUUCAAGAGGCUUCAUGACCUCAUGGAGUUCAACACGCUCAACAACAUUGAGGUUAUAAAAGAAGCAAUUAAAGACAGCAUUCUGCAGAGAAGAGAGAACCCCUCACGCUGCUCGGUUUCCCUAUCACUCAAUGAGAUUGAAAACAAGAAGUUCCUGAAACGAGAUACCAGCAGUGCAAAACGACACACCUAAUACAUAGCUGCAAAAAGCUAUGCAAAAGCCUUGAUGUCUGAGAAUUCAUCGGUCCACUGGUGCUGGUUCUCAUUCAGCCAUUUCAUGAGAAUCACUGAGCAGAUUCAUCAGGCAAGACUGGAUUGACCUUAUUACAGGGUCAUUUUUAUGCUGCAUUCCAGACAACUUUGAAUUCUCCCACCUCCUACUUAAAGAUAAUCACUGGAAAGGGGCUUUUGGUCAGACUCCCGUUUCUUACCAACCAGGGUUAACUAAAAUUAAACCAAUGAUUCUAAAAUAACACUGUUACAAACCCCAACUCCAAUAAGAAGCACAAUUUGAUGUCAUUACCAAAAAAAAAUUGCAUUCUGUUGGUUAUUUUGAAGUAGAGGUGGACAAUUCCAAAAAUCCAGGUUGUCUGGAACGCAUCAUGACUGGAAUGCUGUAAUGGUGGGAAAUGGAAAAUUUCAGUUCAAGUCUUCCCACCUAAGACUUCAUCUAGAAUGCAGCCGCAGGAACACAGGAUCUACAUGCAUUUUUUUGGUUUUCUGCACUAAUUUUGGGGGAACUUCUAUGGAAUAGAUUUGAAUAUGUGACCCUGGACCACAAAACCAGUCACAGGUAGCACAAGUAUAGCCAACAAUACACUGUAUGGGUCAAAAUGAUAAAUUUUUCUUUUAUGCCAAAAAUCAUUAGGAUAUUAAGUAAAGAUCAUGUUCCAUGCAGAUAUUUUGUAAAUUUCCAACCAUAAAUAUAUCAAAACUUCAUUUUUGAUGAGUAAUAUGCAUUGCUAAGGACUAACUCUGGUGUGGGGUAUGCUUUUUCAGCGUUCACUGGACUUGUAUAGAGUCCCUGCACUCUGGAAAAGAUUGGUGAUUACUUCAAUCCCAAAAAAGCCCCAUCCUUUUGAGAACAAUGAUUUUAGACCCGUAGUACUAACUUCAAUUGUAAUGAAAUGCUUUGAGAAAUACAUUGUGUCUAUAUUGAAAAGUGAAGUAUCCUCAAAACUAGAUCCAUGGCAGUUUGCUUAUAAACGGGGCAGGAGUGCGGAAGAUGCAGUAGGGAGUAUUAUCCAUUUAGUUUCUAAACAUCUGGAGGACUCAAAGGAAUAUGCACAUCUUCUUUUUAUUGAUUUUAGCUCAGCUUUUAACACUGUGCAAGCGUAUUUAUUAUUGGAGAAACUGAAACACAUGGAUGUAAAUCCUUAUAUUAUAAGUUUUUUUUUUUUCUUUCUUAAGGGGUAGAACCUUACAGGUUAAGGUCAAUAAGAUGAUCUCUGGCUUACAAUACAUUAAUACAGGAGUACCUCAAGGGUGUGUGAGUUCCCCAGUUAAUUUCACAUUAUACACAGCAAAAAUAAUAAUAAUCACAUUGUGAAAUUUAGUGACGACACCGCUAUCCUUAAUUUAUUAAAUAAAGAUCAAGACAUUUUGUCUUACCACUCUGAAAUCAGUAAGUUUAUAGAGUGGUGUGAUGCCCACUGCCUAAUUGUGAAUGUGAAAAAAACUGAGGAGAUGAUUUUCGAUCCGAAGUCAAUUGGUGACCAUGGCCCUGUAUAUAUUCAUGUUCCAAUCACACAGGUGUCACACAGUUUUUGAGAAGGCUCAGACUUUAUGGUGUCAGUAGCAGGAUCAUGAUGUUGUUUUAUCAAGCUGUACUAGAGAAUGUGAUCAGAUAUGGAAUAUAUUUUUGGUACGGUAAUUUGACAGUACAGUUGAAAUCUAGGCUUGGAUGUUUUCUUCAAACAGCCAUGAAAACCCUCUUUAUCGCCAGACUCUGUAUGAAAAGUCUAUGCUGAGGGAGGCAGAUAAGAUUUUGCAUGAUACAACACACAUCUUGAACUGUGAGUUUGUAAUGCUGCCAUCAGGUAGGAGGUUAAGAAUUCCAAGAUGUAGAUCGGUUCAAGAACUCUAUGGGUAAUGAAAGGUUCAUAUUUUGGUUUUGGGAGUCCCCAACAACAGGUUGACAUGCAUGCAAGGUCAAAAAUCACUUUCAUUGUCUUAUGAUAUGCAUUUAUUUUUUACCGUAUUUGCUCAAUGACUCCCAAACGAUACGCUCAAUGAUUAAUUUUUCCAAAUCCCUCCUUUGCUUGCCGCUAAUCUGUCCCAUUGGUCUCAUUUUCAUUUCAUAAUGCCUAAUAAAGCAGCGUUUGUAAGCACAGUGCUGCUUUGUGUACAGCGUUACCGGGGAAACAGCUAUUUUUACCGCUCCAAAAGCGGCACCUAGCGACAAAGAAUGAAUUUGCAUUUUCAUUCAGGCCAACACAAAAAGAGCAACAAUUGGGCGGGCAAUAUGCUAAUGUUUCAUGUUGAUGUCAACAUGAAAGGGCUUGGGAUUUUUUUUUUUUUUUUUUUUUUACGACAAUGAUUUUUCAAUAAUUCAGAGUCGACUCUAUAACUUUCUACAUGGUGCACUUUCAGAUUUGUGCGAAACUGUGCAGGAUGUGUUCAUUCAAUUAGAGCUGUGUUACACACUGCAUGACAGGUCAUUUUCAAAAAUCCAUAACAGGGACACUUUAAGCUAUUAUAUAACAUUAUGUAAGUUUAUGUAUUUAUGGAUUAUUUAUUAUUUUUUCCCCCUUUUCUUUUCUUACUGUUAUAUGUUUUGUGUGAUGUGGUGGUUGUAUUUUUGAGCCUAAGACAAAUUUCCCUCAGGGACAAUAAAGUUAUACCUUUACCAUUCGGAUAACUUUAAAGGCGAUUUUUUCAAUAUUUAGAUUUUUUGCAAACUCAGAUUCCAGCUUUCAAAUGAUGAAUAAAUCUGAAUUUCAAGAAAAUUGGCCCUUAUGACUGGUUUUGUGGUCCAGGGUCACAUAUGGUAAAAAUAGUUGUGUAUGGUGAAAUGAUCUGAGAUAUGAGAGUACUGCACUCUUAUUGGUCACUGAAAACAUUAUCAAAUUAGCCAAAAUGCUUAAUAAACAAACACUAUUGGCAGGGGCCAUGAAGAACUUUACAACAUUCAAAAUCAGGACCAUUCAGAACAUUCCCAACUUCAUUUCCAAACGGUUCUUGAAUCUCCAUGUUAAAGUGCUUACAAAUCUGUCCGUGUACUUCUCUAUGGGUUCCAAGGAGCCAAGUACUGGCAGCUUUGUUUUCACUUGACAUUUUAGCAGUAAAUACAGUAAUUUACAGUCUCAGUGUGGCGGCCUGAGCCUCAGCACACACUGUUCCUCAUGUGUUUCUGCCAGUGUGAUAAGAAAACAAUUUAUGUUCUCCAUUCAGUUCUACUGUGACGCACCUAUGACCAGUAGAUGGUCGAUGGUUAGCUUUGCCUUCAGGACAGGAUUCAUCUCAUACUUUAGCAAACGAUUCAUUGCUUAGGAACUGGAUUCAGCUGCAUCUAUUUAUUUUCCUUUUCAAAUUUCAUCUCCUGCCCAAGGGGUGAAAGGCAGAAGGUAAAAUGCCAUUUUACAACUCCCACGCAGGUCUCCACAUCAUUGUAAAGCAUCAGGAACAAUGACGUGAUGGGACAUGUUGUGAAAAUCUCAUUUCCUGUUUGCAUCAGAUAUAUUUGUGGCACAUACAGAUCUAACUUCACACAUAAUCAUUCCUCUGGUUUACAUAUACUUUAUGAUGCAAUUGUAUACAAGAUUAUUUAUUUGUAUGCUUAUUGUUCAGCUAUUGUGUUUUCAAAUUCAUUUUACGAUUUAGACGUCUCAAAAUCAAACAUUUGAAGAAAACGUCAAUGAGAAAAAAAGUGCUAAAAGCGGAACAGUUGAGCUCAUUCAUAAAACUGAACUGAGGUUAGAAUAAAUGUGGCAGGUAGAUACCGGAAAGACAGGUUGUGUGGUAAAAAUAGACCUAAGCAUUAGAGUGCACUUUAGGUCCAAAAUAAAUGUCUAUUAUUAUUACAAACUCCUUGCUGUUUGUGUUCUAUACACUUAGAAUUUGAUCUAAUCAUUAUGUUGCAAAUUAUAUUGUGUUUAAAAGUAGGAAUGUAGCCUACUGUAUUUUUGUAUGAUUCAUGUAUACACAGUAGUUAUCUGCCAUGUAUAUUAAGUAAUGUUACUAGCCUGUGUAGUGUUGUGCAUAAACAUAAUAAAAGGAUAUUAAUGCCGA